AUGGCUUCCGCUUCAAUAGAAGCAUCAUUAUCCUCGUUAUCAGCAGCACCGCUACCCGCGGAACCAGCCGUAGCUCGAAAGUCAUUCUCGAAAGAAGAAAUCCCCGCGGUGGUUACCACAUAUGCGCCUAACAACCCGCGCACGCUCGCCGUCGCGACCGCGCCGUCCCCCACGCGAACCUUCGAUUCAGAUCUCCCGGCGAACCUUCGCGAAGGAGCAGCGGUAACCCGGAAAAGCUUUCCGAACGGCGAUAAAUACGUGGGCGAAUGGGCGGGAGGAGCACCGCACGGCACUGGAAGAUACUCCUGGGUGGAUGGGAGCGUGUACGAGGGGGAAUGGGACAGGGGACGGAAGCACGGCCAAGGGUGGUUCGAACUAACUGACGGCACGCGUUACGAAGGGGAAUGGAAGGACGGCGCUCUACAGGGCGUGGGUAGCCAUUGGGCUCCUGACGGAGCAUUCUAUACCGGGAACUGGGCCGCUGGGGUGAAGCACGGACUCGGUAGGAAGCAUUACACUAAUGGAGAUGUUUAUGAGGGGUUCUGGAGCCGGGGGGUGCCGGACGGUCCUGGUCGGUACAAAUGGAGCAACGGGAACGAGUAUUUCGGGGAGUGGGAAGGCGGGAAGAUGAGCGGGUAUGGAACGCUGACGUGGGCGAAUGGGGAUAGUUACGAGGGGGAGUGGGAGGCGGGGCUCGAACACGGCGCGGGGACGUUCAAGUGGGCCGACGGAAGCUGCUUCGAAGGCACGUGGAGCAGGGGAUUGAAGGACGGCAAAGGGCUGUACUUCCCGAGAGGGUAUGAGGAGGGAGAGGAAGAGGAGGAGUGGGUGGAGGAGGAGGGAGGUGGGGGAGGGGGUGAGGAGAAGGGGGAAGCAGGGAGCGGGACGGGGGUUGGGGGGGAGGUGGAGGGUACUGCUUCGGAGAAAGAGGCGGCCGCUGCUGCUGGCAGUGGUGAUGCGGGUGCUGCGGGCGCCCUAGGGGCUUCAGGGGUUUCCGCCGCUGCUGCUGGCGGUGGUGGUGUUGGCGCAGGAGGCGGAAAGAGAGGGGGUCGCCCGCUGGGCCGCGGACUGACGAUGGCACGUGGGCUGUCGAUUGGCCGGAGCGUGUCUGUGAUUGGUGGAGGGCGGGCGGGGGUGCUGCGGGACUGGAAAAGAAAGGAGGCGCUGGAACGGCAGUGGGCUGAGUGUGAGUUAAAAUUAGGUAAGUCGGAGUCUGUUCCCGCACCCGGGCCGCUGUCUAGGGGCGCUAGGGGCAUGGUAGGGGGUAGGCUGUGGGAAAGCUGUCAGGAGCGGGGGGGGAGUGUAGGGUCCGGUUGGGAGGAGACGGUGGGGAGGAUUGCGGAGGAGGCUGCUGAUGUGGCGGGAACGGGAGCGGGGGAGGGUGGGGAGGAGGAGGUGGGGAAGGGAGGGGCGGAAGGGGAGGCUGGGUCUGCGGGUGUGAGUGUAGCGGGUGUGACUGAAGGGGGGUUGGCGGUAGAGAAUGUGGUUGUAGGCAGUGAGAGUGGCGAUGCUGUGACUGAUAGCAGUGGGACUGCUGCUGCUGCUGCUGCUGGUGCUGCUGUGGGCGAAACAGUAGAGGCAGUUUUAGAAGCAGAGCAGAAGACGGAGGGACAGGUAGCAGGCAAAGAGAAGGCAGCGAAGCAGGGAGAGGACGAGGCGACUGCUGCUCCUCCCAAGCUAUGGAGAAUGUGGAGCAAGGAGAAGGAGAAAGACAGGGAUACCCCUCAGCAGCAGCCGUCGCCACAGCAGCAGCAGGGAGAGCAAGGAAAGAAGGGGCGCCGCUGGUCUCUUCGCUCCACCAAAUCAUCUGCAGCAGCAAAGCCCUCAACCCCAUCCCUCGACCUCCCCCACGCGGCCUCUGAGGGAAGCCUAGUCAGCAUCGGCGCCGGCGCCAGCAACAGCGGCACCACCCGUAGAAGCAGCGUUGACAGUGCUGGCAUUGGUGGUGCUCCAUCCUCCACCACCACCCCCACCACCACCACCACUGCUGCUGGUGGUCGUCAGAACAAGCCCUCUUCAAAAGCAGCCGCGGCAAAGCUGACUCGCGUGUUUACCAUGGGCCCUGUUCCUGCUAGGGAGAACAGCGGCCGGGUUGACAGUGCGGUUCAGAACGGUGGCGGGUUAGCGAGAUGGGUGCGUGGGUCGUCUGUGGGUUCGGCGAAUGGGGAGGAGGGGGACGAGGGGCGGGCGGGUGCGGAAGGGGGGGAUCGCGGCGGCAGCACAGCUGGGGGGGAAUCUGCAGACAGGCACACAAGCUCGUCUCAUGCCCAAGAGAGUGAAGCGGGUGCUGACUCUGCUCUAGACUCGCUGCGUUCAAGUGCCAUGUUCUCAUCAGGCCGCAAACAGAGGCAGAAUAGGCGGUACAGCAAGGUGGUGACAGUGCGGGAGUAUGUGCAGGGGGUUCUGGUGGCGGAGAUCCCAAGGUCCAAGCUGCAGCACGACCUCGUGGCGGCGUGGACCCACACGCAGGGCAGGCAGGAAGGCGGGCGGCGUGGACCCACACGCAGGGCAGGCAGGAAGGCGGGCGAGCUGAUAUAUAAGGGCCACCGCAGCUACGACCUCAUGACGGCCAUACAGCUGGGGCUCAGGUGGGGCUCAGGUGGGUCUCAGGUGGGGCUCAGGUGGGUCUCAGGUGGGGCUCAGGUGGGGCUCAGGUGGGGCUCAGGUGGGUCUCAGGUGGGGCUCAGGUGGGGCUCAGGUGGGGCUCAGGUGGGUCUCAGGCACUCUACAGGGCGGGCAACACCUCCCCCAGUUGCCCCUUCUGCAGCUGCCCCUCCCUCAAAACUACCUCCCCCAUCAGCGCCCAUCCCAGCAGCCUCCACCCCCACCACACUUCCCACAGCUGCACCUUCCCCAGCUGCGCCCUCUGCACCAGCCGUACCUGCCCCAUUUGCACCUGUCUCAGCUGAUCUGCGUGCAGAGGACUUUGUGGCGGCAGACAGAAUGUGGUUUCCUCCGGAAGGCUCCUCGUGCACGCCGCCCCACAACACGCUCCCCUUCACCUGGCGCGACUACGCUCCCAGGGCCUUCAGCCUUGUAGCUCGCUACGACUACGGUCCUCCUUCAGGUGGGUUACUCCAAAGGCUCCCUCCCUAUGUGCACUGUGUCAUGUCAACCCUGUUUCACCCGCCCGCCCCACCUCCUCUCCUUCCCAUCCUCCCCCUCUCCAGCGAGCUGCGCGCCAUGUGUGGCAUCGAUCCAGCUGACUACACGCUGUCUCUGUGUGGAGAUAACGCUCUGAGAGAGCUCCCGUCCCCGGGCAAGCUGACUCGCAGCAUUCUCUGUGCCUCCCCUCCUCUCCUUUCAUCUAUAGAGCUCUCGUCCCCGGGCAAGCUGACUCGCAGCAUUCUCUGUGCCUCCCCUCCUCUCCUUUCAUCUGUGUGUUCCUUCCUACACCGCCUCUCCAGCGAGCUGCGCGCCAUGUGUGGCAUCGAUCCAGCUGACUACGCGCUGUCUCUGUGUGGAGAUAACGCUCUGAGAGAGCUCCCGUCCCCGGGCAAGCUGACUCGCAGCAUUCUCUGUGCCUCCCCUCCUCUCCUUUCAUCUAUCGAGCUGCGCGCCAUGUUUGGCAUCGAUCCAGCGGACUACACGCUCUCUCUCUGUGGGGACAACGCUCUCAGGGAGCUCUCCUCGCCGGGCAAGUCUGGGAGUGUGUUCUACCUGUCAGAUGAUGAUCGGUUUAUCAUCAAAACCAUGCGCGCCUCUGAAGUGCAGGUGUUGCAGCGGAUGUUACCGGACUAUUUCCGGCACGUGCGCGACUGCGAGCACACGCUGAUCACCAAGUUCUUCGGGCUACACUCCAUCCGCGUGCGUAAAGCAGCACUGCAGGUGAGUGUAAGAGUAUUGCCUCACGGCCACAAGGGGUCGUCUCAGGGGCGCAGCACGGAGAAGGUGGCAGUGGAUGAGACCACUACACUGAAGGACCUCGAUUUGGACCUCUCCUUCCAUAUGCCAGCCUCCUGGCGAGCGCUCAUGCACAGGCAAAUCGCACUGGACACGGCAUUCCUGCAGAGGCAGCGCAUAAUGGAUUACAGCCUGCUGCUGAGGGUGCAUGUUCUCCUGAAUCCCCUCAUCAUCUUCCAUCUCCCGUUCCCCCUGUUCCCCCUUGCUUUACCGCAAAUCGCUCUAGACACAGCAUUCCUGCAGCGCCAGCGCAUAAUGGACUACAGCCUACUCCUGGGGGUGCAUUUCCGCCCCACCAAUACCACGCUGCCACCUGUCACCAUCGCCGAGGGCCGCGCGACCCAGGACGGCCAAUCUCGGCCGUCCAUCUCAGCAGCUGCUGCAGCCACAGAAGCCGGGCCUGGGGAGGACCAAUCAGGCGGUGACACCUCAGCAGUAGAUGACACGUCAGCUGGAGAUGCCGCCCUGAGUGCCACCUCGACUUCGUUCCCCAACUCCUUCCGCCAGAUGAAGCAUCACAUGCAGAGGCCAUGGCAGAGGGUAGCCUCCACCUCUAUGGCCGAUGCGUCAGUUGGUGCCUCCACCACAACAGACAAAUCUGGCCGGCCAGACAAUGCCGUGCUGGGGGCAGCUGAAGGGACGAGAUCGGGAACCGGAGAGGUAGCGGGUGGGGUGGGUGGAGAAGCAGGGCAGGUUGCAAAUGGCUUCUUGCUGCCCAUAGCUUCACAGCAGCAGGAGGCGGAAGGGGAGAAAGGGAAAGAGAGAGAGCGAAAGAGCUCGGGAGGGGGAGGGAGCAUGGGAGAGGGAGGAGCGGUGGGGGGCACGGGGGAGGGAGGGAGUGGGGUGCUGCUGGGUCAGGGCAUGCCGGCGACUGCAGUGAGGGUGGACAGGCGGACACGCAAGGCUGUGAUGGACCCGGCUAAGAGGGAGACGUACCAAGUGGUGCUGCACUUCGGGAUCAUCGAUAUCCUUCAGGAGUACAACACGCGCAAGAAGGCGGAGCACGUGUGCAAGAGCCUGCGGUACGACGGCACGUCCAUCAGCGCAGUCAACCCGGCUCUCUACGCGUCCCGAUUCGGAAACUUCAUUUCAAUCACAUUCCCCUCCAAUAAUGAGGCCUCAAAUGAAGAAAAUGAGUGA